GUCAGGGGAGGUAAAAAUGUCAACAAAUCGUUUCCAAUCAGAGUAGGUACCCUUACUCGAGAAAAAAGGAUAGUAAAUAAUGGGAAGAUACUCUUCUGAAAGUGAAGAGGAAAAGAAGAAAAGGAAGAAGAAGAAAAAGAAAAGAUCUAGGUCCCGUUCAAGGAGUGAAAGUAUAGAAAGUCGCCAUUCUACUAAACAAAAGAAAUCCAAGAAAAAGAAGAAGCGUAAGUCUAGAUCAAGAAGCAGGUCAACUGAUAGAUACAGAAGAUCAAGAUCUCGUAGUUAUGAGAGGUCAGGGUCACGUAGUAGAGAUAGAUACAGGAAAAGGUCAAGGUCAUCAAGUAGGGGUCGAUAUUCAAGGUCAAGGAGCAGAGACAGAAGGAGAAAAAGGUCAAGGUCAUAUGAUCCACACUCAAGGUCAUACAGAAGGUCAAGGUCAUACACUCCAGAUAGAAAAGGAAGAAAAAACAGAUCAUCGGAGGAAAGGGAAGACCCAUGUGCAAAUAUACCAGGAUUUGCUGAUAUGACUCCUGCAGAACAGGCUAAAAUCAGGAUGCACAUGGCUUUAAAAGCAGCAGCUGCAGCAGACGAGAAGUUGAAGGGAGAUGUUACUAAGAGUCAUUCCUCCACCAGUCUACAUGAUUCAAUGGCUUUCUCCCAGGCUUUACAAGAUAUUGAAAGUUCAGGUUUUGCUGCAUCAUCAUUCAAAUCCAGUAGAGGAGACAAGAAGGAGGAGAAGCCACAAAUCGAUGAUUUCACAUUCGGUACUGCAGGGGAAUUAAGACUUGACUCACAGAGAAAACCUGUACUAGUUGAUGUAGAUAAAGAAGAUUUAGCCCAUCCUAGUUUAUAUACAGACCCUGAAGAAAAACUGGAGAAAUGGAUACAAAAAUUGUCUGCAAUGAGACGUAAAAAACUUGAAGGAGAGGCAUUGACUUGAUGUUAAAUAUUAUCAGUAAAUAUGCUGAUACAAAAUAUCUUUACUAUAAAACAAACUGUUCAUCAGUGAUGAAAUUCUGAAAUAGUUUAUAGCAGUCAGUGAUGUUUUGCGAUGCCUCAUAGUUUUAAGGAGACAUGAAAGAAGUCUCAAAGUUAUGUAGCUUGCUAUGUUGUUAUGAUGAAGUUUUAGACAUGACAAAAGAGAGUUUAUUUAAAACAGCAUUCCUCUAUUUUCAUGCUUAUCUUCAUGAAAAUUUAGAAAAAUAUGUUAUAAAUAUCAGAAAUAUUGACAAAAUUGAGAGAGAUUAAAGGCAGAUUCAUAUAUAAAAUUGUUAAUUUGUAAAAGUUGUAUGUGUUUUAAUAUUUCACAUUAUUGUAUUGCUAAAACACAUUUACAUAUCUUGUGAAAGUCAGAUUAAGUUUUAGUUAGCCUGGUUUACAUAAAGUGUAAUUUCUGUCUAGGUUGAUGGCCCUUUUGGUAAUGAAAUGGUUAAUAUUAAGAAGAAACUCCAAUACACAAAAAUGGAUUUUUCUGUAUACUAGUAAAUAGAUCCUUUAGAAAAGUGGUAAAUGAUUUAACUAUAGAUUAAAGGACCUUCACUGAGGUUAAAAAAAACUAUAAAAAAGGAAAUAUACUCAAUGAAAUUGAAUAUCAGGAUUAAAGUGAAAUUUCAUCUUUAAGUCAUUUUGCUCAAUUUCAAUGUUGUUUUUUUGUUGUUGUUUUUUUU